UUUGAUGCACAUGUCGGUUCCUCCCUGAGGCCCGCCCUCCUCUUCCUCCUCUCCUCUCCUCUUCCUCCUCUCCUGUCUGGAGUCUCCACCAGCGGCAGCAGCAGGAGCAGCGGAUCUGUAGAGGAGUAGCCACAAAAACAUCUGGUGGAUGAUUCCUGCUGCCGAGCGUUUCCACAUCCGGCCGGUGAACGAAGCAGGAGGCGGAGCCAUGAUCGACCUCAGCCACCUGACGGAGGAGGAGCAGGGGAAGAUAAUGACGGUGCUGAGGCGGGACGCCGACCUGAAGCAGGCCGAGGAGGAAAGAAUCAGGAAGCUGGAGAAAAUACUGAGCAGCGGGUCGCAGUCAGAAGGGAAGAUGAAGUACUUGACCGGAGAGUGGUUCUACGAGGCCAAGAGCCGCAGACACAUGGACAAGAUCCAUGGCUCGGAAAUCAUCCUGGCCUCCAUGAAACCGAGGAGAGACGGGUCUCUCAGAUUUGAAAAAUCCAAACCACCCAGCAGUCGAAGCUCCAUCGCGCCGCCUAAACCCAGCAGGUGUUUGGAGGCGUUGCAGCCAAAGGCGAUAAAUGAUGCUGAAAAGGAGAAUCUGAAUUCAGCCCUCCGCUCCCCGAGAACACCAAGGCACAACCCUUUCAACUGUACGUCUCUUAUCGUGGUUGAGCCACCUGAAAGUAAUAAUGACAUGUCGAGCAGUCGGGACCAGGACUCAUCUGAGACAGAGCUCAUAUCUCCUCGGAAGAGUCGCCCUGGGGACGAGGCCAGUCAGACUUCAGGGGGCUCCAUCAUAUCAGAGAGCUCCUCUGCAGGUUUCAAACCGGUGCCAAAGAAGAGGACGUUUCUCUCGAGACAUUCCAGCAGCCAGUUAGAGAGCACUGCCCCUGGUAUGGACGCUCAGGGAGGGUCUUCGGGGAUCGUUCCUGCUCCAAGACGAAGCCUCCAGCGCGGGUCCAGCGGGAGCUCGAACCAGUCGUAUCCGAAGAGUCAAGAGGAAAUGCCCCAGGGGAGUGCAGUUCCAGUGUUUAACCAGGUGUCUCAGCCAUCCAGCUCUGCAGACGAGACUUCCCAGCAGCCACUGUGUGACGUUUCGCAGGUUUCCUCUAAUUCCAGCCUAGAGAGAGACAGACGCCCACCAUCUAUAACCAGAGACAGACUGACCACAUUCAUCAGAGGUGACGUGGCCCCUGAGAGAGAAACCCGGCAGAGGAGCGAUGACGGAGACCAUCAGACCCGUAGAGAACUCGCAGGGGGGAAUACUGUCGUCCUGCACACCAGCAGCAUCCAGGGCUCGGACAGAGAAAUCAACAGCAGCGAGGGAACGAGGCCGGAGGAGCUGAGUUUCACCCGAAGUAUUGUGGAUGCAGAGCCUCCUAUAUCGUAUGAUCUCAACUUCAUCGAUAAAACUGAUAAGCAAACAAUGAAGAAAUCCAGUCAGAAACACGCGUUCAAGUUAUCCACUCAGGCGACCAGUCCCACCAGUGAUGAGGACUCCAUUGCGAAGGUGCUGGACUGGUUCAGCCGCAGCGUCGACAGCAGUGAUUUGCUGAGUACAGACGACCGCACAGAAACCACAAAGAGCUCAGACAAACAUGUAGAAAUCAGCAAAUUAAGAAGUGAAGAUACAACAGAGAGAAUGAAGGACGCUCUUGAAACGCAGAGAGGUCACUUACAAAGGCAGAUUAAUGAGGCCAAGGAGUUUCGAGCCACCGACAGAGCAGGCAAGACGGAGUUGAGUGAAACACAAGAGGAGGAGCAGAGGGACACCGGGGAAAGAAUGCGGUCACAGGAAGUGAAACAUAAUGACGAUGAAAGCCAACCACUAAAAAUCUCUCAUCUGAAGUCAUUCUGGGAGAAAAGCAACAUGGGCCCGAAAAUACUUUCAAUCACGCCAAGCGACGAAGGACAAAAACUUGUUUAUCUCUCGGCUGAGAAAGAGGAGGAGAACGUGAACAAACCCCACACGGCGUCCGACACGCCAUCUGCUCCUGGAAUAUACAACGGGAGGGGGAUUUAUGAUAAGUACGCCUCUAAGCAUGGGGACGAGAGAGAGCAGAAAGAUGUCGCAGACAAUGUUCACUUGAAUAAUAACCAGCAGGACCGUACUUUAUCUCAAAGGAAUAAUAAUGACCCAACAUAUAACUCUGAUUAUUUUAAGUUGCUAUCCAGCCCCCAAGCAGCUGACAGAGGAGGCUCAGACACUGAGAUUUUAACCCGACUCAGUCCGCAGCCAAGGACAGACUCCAGACUGAGUUCAGAGUCUGAGAGCAUCUCUCCAUUCAAACUAAAUUCACAGCCCGACAGUUUUUUCCAUUCAAGAGAAACCCCUCUGCAGAAAGUGCUGUCGAAACCUGACUACAAGCAAGGUGGCAAUGAUCAUAAAGCACAACUUGGAAGAGGCUCGAGUGAAGAAGUGAAAAGGAGGGACAGUGAAGAUAAGAACAUGCAAUCGAACAUCUCUCCAAAAAGAAAAGAGGAUGUGUCCAAUAAAGACAAAACUAACAGUCCUCAUUCACAAAGACAAGGUUUAUCACAUCAGGAAAGUACAGCAGAGAGGAUCAAGCAGCUCAAAUCUUUCUGGGAGCAGGAGAGGAACAAGCCCAUUUUCUACACCGGCAUGUCUAAAUCUCCUGGGGAAGGUAAACCCACUCGUGGUGCAAAUCAACUAAAUAAAAGAUUUACAAAGUCGGAGUUUGAUCUGAGGUUAGUUGGAAGUAAUUCAGGCAGCGAUGACGAAGAUAGACAGAAUUUGACUCUGCCUUCUUUGAAUCAAAGGAUAGAUAAGUUGUCGCCGAGCCUCAGCGUGAGCCGAUCGCAGUUCAACAAUCUCCGCGAUUUCUGGGGUGAUCCCGCGUCAGAUACGAAAGGAUCGAUAACCUGCGACAAACCCAAAAGCCCCAAAAGGAAAGAGCCAGUAAGCGCCCAGUUUCCAUCUCAGGAGUUUAAGAGCAGCGAUGCCGAGAUUUGCCGUUUGUCUGCAGCUGUCGAGAAAACGAGACCGGCUGCCAUGAAGUCAUCUCCGCAGGACCGAUCCAAGUCGCCACAUGAUAGACAGAUGGGGUCGGGGGCAAGAGCUCUGAUCGACAGCAAAAACAACCUGUCCAAUUAUACGACAGCUGAGUCCAAAAGAGGCUCCAAGGACUCUGGUCGGGAGGAGAAAUCCUCGAAACCACAAAGCAGCACAGGAAAAGAGCCUCGGUCUCCAAAGAGCAGGAAAGACACCUUUAGCAAGUCCAGCGGUCGUGGAAAUUCUAUGCGUCGCGCCACCAGCAUGUUCACGCUGAGUGCUCCUGACCAAAAAGACCACGUCCAGGUGAAAAUGGAUGUAAGCCCCGUCCACUCCCAGAGCAGGAAGCAAAGGCAGAACACUGAAAAAGGGGCCAUGCCGAGGAGAUUUUCAGAGGGAAUCGACACUAUGACUCCACGUGCACGGGCGUUUGUUCCCAGAGACUACCGGCACUACCUGGGCAUGACGGACAAGACCAGCGUCCACACCUCGCUCGCCCCGGCUGUGAAGAGCGAGGGCUCAGAGGGAAAAUCUAGGUAUGACUUUGACCUGAGCGGUCCAGUGAGAGCCAGCACCCCGGUGAGUUCAGAGGAGCGCUACGGCAGGAAGGGCAGCAAGACGAGUCAGCGCCCCCUUUGGGCAAACUACAGCAGCUCGGAUACUGGCCCAGAGUCGUCUAUGAGCAGCACGUCCGAAACCUGGUCCACCUCCAGGAACAGUUCAAACCGUGAAAAUGACGAUGAAACCCAAGACCCUGUCCGGAAAGCGUUGAGGCGAGCAGAAGCACGGCCGAAGAAUCUGGCUAAAAGUAUAGAGGACAUGACGACAUGUUUAUCUCCACGGCAAGAUUCAACUGUUGACCUCAGACGCAUCAGCGAUGUUUCAACCAUCCCGUCACCGUCCUCAUCCUUAUACGCGGAUCCCGACCACCUGAAGAAGAUGAGCAAAUCGGUUCCUUCGUUCUUACAGAAGGAGGGCGCUGACAGGGACGCUGACUCCACCUGUGAGGACAGCUACCAGCGAGGAAGACUAAUGAAGGGCAGCUCGAUGACUAACCUCACUGGCUCCUCUGGCAUGACGUCUAUGUCGACUCUGAGUGGCAGCGUUAUGACCAUGUACAACGCAGACUUCGGGAAUGUGGAGGUUCAGGGAAAUAUCCAGUUUUCCAUCAACUACGUUCAGAAGCUCCGAGAGUUUCACAUCUUCGUGGCCAAGUGCCGAGACCUGGCUGCCGUCGACCCGAAGAGGGGGCGCUCGGAUCCGUACGUCAAAAGCUACCUGGUACCUGACAAAUCAAAUCUGGGAAAGAGGAAAACAUCUGUGAAAAAGAAGACGUUAAAUCCGACGUUCAACGAGAUCCUCAGAUAUCGUGUUCGCAUGGAGUACCUCAGGACUCAGACGCUCAUUCUCUCCGUUUGGCAUAACGACACGUUUGGCAGAAACAGCUUCCUCGGCGAGGUCGACAUCGACUUCUCCAAGUGGGACUUUGACCACACCCAGAUGAACGACUUAGUCCUGAAAGCCAGGACUACACCCACUGUACCACCAGCAAAUGGGAAAGGAGAGAUGAGACUAGCCAUACGGUUCCUGCCACAGGUCACCCACAGUGAAGGUGUAACUAAAGACGGUCCCAGCACUGGAGAGGUUCACAUUUGGGUGAAAGAAUGCAAGAACCUGCCUCUGAUCAGGGCGACCAUUGACCCAUACGUUAAGUGCUUCAUGCUGCCAGACACGAGCAGGAAGAGUCGGCAGAAGACGCGCGUGCUGCGGAGGACCGUGGAUCCGGUGUUUAACCACACGAUGGUGUACGACGGCAUCAGUGAGACCGACCUAUCAGAUGCCUGCGUGGAGCUCACCGUUUGGGACCGAGACAGGCUGGCAAGCCACCUGCUCGGGGGAAUGAGGCUCGGAGUCGGCUCAGGUAUCGGUGGGAAAGGGAAAAGUUAUGGAGCAGCGGUGGAUUGGAUGGACUCAACCCCCUAUGAGGUGGCCAUGUGGGAGCGCAUGAUGGCGUCCCCUGAUGAAUGGGUGGAGGAUGUACUCCCGCUGCGAAUGGUGAACUCGGCUUUCAAAUAAGCUACAGCGCAAAGACAGUGUAUCUGACAAAGAUACAAAACCCAGUAAAUGAGUUGGUGUAAAGUUCCAGUGCACGGAUUUAAAUGCAGCCAGAAAAAAUCUGAUGAAAUAAUGACUGGAGUGACAAUUUGGGAAUCAACCACGUGGUUAUAAUGUAACCUGUGGUGCCACCACCAGCUCUGCCGUUCCAAAUGCUUUCUGAUCUGUGUUCAAACCCAUUAAAACGUUUAAAAACUGACUUAUAUCUAACAAAGGUGACAAAUUACAAAAAACUAAUAUCUUUAAAGUCAAUAUUAAGACUCUGAGUGGUCGCAGUUUGCUUUUUGUAAGAUAAGAAAUAUAAAGUAAGUUAAGAAAUGUGAUGGCAAACAAUAAAAAAAUAUUAUUUAUUGAAACUUCUCAAGGAAUAACCCUCAAAAUCCACAUUAAUGAGGAUCUCAAAUAUUCAGCUCAUUUCAGUUCAGUUUUCAUACAUUUAAAUCAAAUCAGUCUUUACAUUUCAGAACUCAGUAUUUAUUUCCUCUGAUAUUUCUUAUUGUUUUAAUCCCAGCUCUGCGUAAUAUUGGUCUUUUAAGCUGUAAAUCUCCUUAAUUUUCAUAUGUCCUUUGUUCAUUAAUACUAAACCACUGGGUCAUGUAUUUUUGUUGCACUGGACCUUUAAGUCUUCAUCUUCUUAUUUCUCACACUAACACACAUUUUGACAGUGUUGUUCUAAAUGUGAUUUGAAUUUGACAGCAUAUCUGACGCACGAUGAGUUAUUGCACUUAAAUGUAUGAACCAUUAAAGAAAUUCAAUACAG